CUGCCGUCAAAUCGUCAAUGGAUUUAUGGAAAAUCAGGAAACUGAGUCAAAUGGUCAACGGCUACGAUGAGGAGGCCCGGCUCCUCCGCCGUUUCGCCCCGAUUCAGGCCCUGCAGAUAAGGUCCGUCAUCUGCCCUACCGGCCUCCUCUACCGGGAGGUCCUUGUCUACUCACCGACGGCGCCUUUUACCGAUCCGCCGUCGUGGAUCACCUUGCAAGAGGCGGAGGACCGCCUCCGCGUAUUACUGAGGCAUGAAGAAGCCGACCGCCUCUGCAGCCGGGCGGCGGCGCGGUUGGGUCGGAAGAUUUCCACUGCCGACAUCUCCAAACUCCCCGUCGAGGAAAUGCGCGUGUUGCGGUUGUCUAACACCAAAUACAAGUCGGUUCCCGAUGAACAACGCAAUGUCGCCGCCGCCUCCGGCGUUGAAAUAACUGGCAACCGCCCCGGCAGGUCAAGCUCAUUUCUUGCGAUGGGCAAGGAGUGGUGGAUCGGGUAAUACGGUAGAAGAGAUUAUGCGAAGGAAAAUUUUCCGAAAUUGGAGAUUUUAUUUUUCAGCAAGUUUGGUAGCUGGUGCCAAAAUAUUUUAUCUUUAAAUAAAUAUAUUUGUCUUAUAAAAAAAUUGAGUGUGUAUUUAGGCCUCUCAAUGGCUCGGGGUCUAGAUCCGGACCGAUCUGAAUCUGACCCUAUAUUUGAGAAGAGAUAUACUACGUGUAUAUCCAUUACGAAAAAAGAUAGGG